UCUCUCUCUCUCCCUCUCUCUCACAACAGUCCCUCCCUCGUCCAGUCGCCUCCCUCACUCUGCAGCCACAGCUCCUUCUCUCUCAGUCGGCCUCUUUACCUCCGUCAUCCCCUCGCUGUCUGUGCGGUGGGAGGAAGGAUGCUGCCCCGCAGACUCCUGGGACUCCUGGGACUCCUGGUGCUCUGCAAAGGUGAGGAGGAGAGCGGGGAGGGGGAGUACUGCGAUAACUUCACAGACCUCAACCUGUCCCACUGCUUCAUGGGAACCAGCCUGUACGUGCGGCUGCUCCUCUACACCCGCUCCAACCUCGACUGCGGCCGCGAGCUCGACCACCACCGCCCGUCCUCGCAGCCGCUCUUCGACCUCUCCCGCCCCACCGCCUUUGUCAUCCACGGCUACCGGCCCACCGGAGCGCCCCCCAUCUGGAUCGACCACAUAGUCCGCCUGCUGGCCGAGCAGGAGGACAUGAACGUCGUGGUGGUGGACUGGAACAAAGGGGCGGCAAACCUCAACUACUUCACCGCCGUGACCUACACGAGGGAGGCUGCCCACAACCUGACCGGGUUCAUCAUGACCAUGGAGGAGGAAGGAGCCGCUCUGAGCUCAGUUCACCUCAUCGGCGUCAGUCUGGGAGCUCACCUGGCGGGAUUUGUAGGCGCGAACCUGAAGGGGAAGAUUGGACGAAUCACAGGUCUGGACCCGGCGGGGCCCAUGUUCACCAGCGCCGGGCCGGAGGAGAGGCUGGACCCCUCGGACGCCAUGUUUGUGGACGUUCUUCACACCGACAUGAACUCGUUUGGACUGGGAGGAGUUCACGGUCACAUCGACUUCUACGCCAACGGUGGAGCCGACCAACCCGGGUGUCCCAAAACCAUCUUCGCAGGUAAAUCUUACUUUGUGUGUGACCACCAGCGCUCGGUGUUUCUGUACCUGUGCGCUCUGAACCGCACGUGCAGCCUCACCGGUUACCCCUGCUCGUCCUACGGAGACUUCAUGGACGCGAGGUGUCUGCAGUGCGAGGCCUUCAAACCCGCUUCCUGCCCCGUGCUCGGUUAUGACGUCAGCCAGUGGAAGGAGACUCUGCUGCGACGCGGACAGACCAAAGUGUUCUUCAGCACCACGGCCGCGCUGCCGUACAGGAAGCUGAGCUACAGAGUGGACAUGGUCACCUGGAACCAGUACCUCCGCUGGGGGGUCGUCUUCAUCCGGCUGCACAGCGGCAGAACCUUCACCGAGGCUCGAAUCGACCAUAAGCGCUUCCGGUUGGAGCAGUACACCUCCACCCGCCUGCUGGCCCAGUUCGACGAGGAUCUGCAGCACGUCCAGAAGAUCUCGCUGCGCAUCAGCACCGGCAACGUGAUCGGCCCUCGGUACAAAAUCAGACUGCUGCGGAUACGCUUCACGCCUCUGGAGCGUCCUGAGAGGCCGUUAAUGUGCCGCUUUGACAUCAUCAUGGAGGAGAACAUGGAGGUGGCGUUUCGACCUUUGCCCUGCAACUCUGGCCCCUGACUCCCUGCUCAGACAAACUUCUUCUUCUAUGGAAACACAUCUCAACACGCCCCUAACCCGGCCGAAGGACACCCAGACGUCCUCUGGAUGCUACAGGGUGUCCCGGCCCCGGGUGCACCUCCAGGGGCCCCACAGGACGAGCUGCAGCCUCCUCGCCGGCUGAAGAAGACGACCAAACAAGCUGUGGACAACUCCCGGUUACUGGACAGUCGGGAUAUUGUUAUGUAUGACCUGGAGCCACGUCUCCGCUGGUGCUGACGGGAAUUCUGUAAAGCUAAUAAGAGCGACCGGUGAUAAGCUGUGAGGUCAGGAAACACAGCAGAUUAAAAGCUGCUGCAGGAGAGUCUUACAUCACGGUGAGAUCAGGUCUCAUGUUCACCUGCAGUGGAACAGUCAGUACGACUGCUCACCUGUCUCUCAUCACGUUCACAGCAGAGUAACAAACAUGUCGUAAUUACACCACGUCACAACUUUUAAAAAGUCCAGUUUAAAUCUGAUUCAUGAAACGUACAAUCAUGUAAGUAGAGACAAAACAUACAUGUGACGUGUGACCCUGAGCGCAGAAGACAUUUGGUCGGUUGCUGUUAAUAGAAAUAAAUAAAUAGAUUUGCCAGAAAAACUUAUUCACAAAUUUUAUAAAAAUUUCUUCUCGUUUAAAAAUUGAAUGCACCUUAAAUUUACAGAACAGAUUAAACUCAUAUUUAACCAAAAUAUCAUGACAUGGUGAAAAAAAAAAAAGUUAUAUACACAAUUUUCUGAUAUAUUCCCUUCAGAAUCAGCCACGUGAAUCAAUUUAAUCAAUAUGAUGCAUAAAUAAAUACGAUAAAUAAUCAUGUACGUUACUAUAUGUGGUGACCCCUGGUGUCUGGAAACCAAAUUUCAUUUUUCUUUCUUUUAAACUUUGUAUAAUCAAUAACAGAAAUCUGAAAUAUUUACAUAUCAAACCCUUUGAUCGGUUUAAUUGCAGUUGUCUGUGCCUUAUUAGUUGUUAUUAGUUGUUGAUCAGCGUUCAGGUGAAUCUGGACUGUAACAGUGACGCUGUUCUGCUGCCAUGUUGGAAAAUGUGAAAACAAAGGUCGCUAACGACGACGAGCGUUUGUAGCUCGUUAACUGAUCCCCGGGUUUCAAACGAAGCAACACUUCGGCUGUUAAAGAGCCGAGUAACAAAAAAACUGAGCAGCCAAUAAAAAGAGAAAUGUGUCAGUGUUUUUUUUAUUAUGAAUUUUCAUCCAAUGUUUAAAAUAAAUAUUGAUUUCAAAACA